GCGGCAGUAGCAGCAGCACCACCACCAAGUGGGGGCGGAGCAAAAGGUACGGCCUCUCCCUACCGCCUCAGGGAGGGAGGGGCUGGUCCAGCCUGAGGUGGAAGCGGUUGGACCAUCAAUUCGGCUCAUGUGCGCCGUGCCACAGCCGGUCCAGGCAUUGGGCCGGCGAGGAAUUGGACAGCGCCAACGCACUACGCAGGCGGUGGUAUAUAUAAUGCCGAGGGUUUAGGGUUUAGGGACGCUCUUAAUUACUUGGUGCAUGAUGAAGAGGCAUCUGGUGGUGCUGAGGCGGUACGAGCCGGUGGGGAGAGUCCACGGCGGGGGGAGGAAGCAGGGGGAGGUGAGGUACGCGGAGUGCAGGAAGAACCACGCCGCCGCCACCGGCGGGUACGCCGUCGACGGAUGCGCAGAGUUCAUCGCCGCCGUCGGGGAUGGAGGGGAAGGAGCGCUGCAGUGCGCAGUCUGCGGCUGCCACCGGAGCUUCCACCGGAGGGUGGUGGUCGACGUCCAGCCCCCGGCGGCGGAGGACGGCGACUGCGCGAGCUCACGCGCUCUGCAGUAGCCGUUAAUUAAUUUGCUGCUAUUAUUUAUUAUUCUCAUUAUUGUUUGGAAGGUUUGUGUAUG